AUGGAGCACAUCUCCAAAUGUGUAGUAGAACGAGAUUCUAUGGAAUUACAACAGUCCUGCUAUGAUGAUUUGAAGUUGGCAAAUAUUUUUAAUAACUUGACUGAGGAAACAGAUGUUCCUAUAGAUGCCGUAAAUGACGUUGCAGAUCUAAAUUGUUCUAUUGUCGCUCACUCAGCAUCAGGUAAAGUCAAUAUGAGAGAAACUAGGGCUACACUUGUUCCAUGCACAACUCCAAAGGAGCUGCAUUCGAGUGUGCCCCUGAGCUAUUUGAUACCUUUACCAGAUUCGGACCCAUAUGUUCAUCUUAAUUUUUCAAACUACCGUCAGUUUUAUGACAGGGUGGGUCCUAUUAGGUUUCAGACACCUUUAUCUGGUGGAAUGAAGUCUCCGCAUGUUGAGUUGCGUCUUUGGAAUGAUGACAAUACACGACUUAUAUCACAGAAUUCUUCCAAGCGAAGAGUGUAUAAUAUUUAUUGGCUUCCCAAAAUCUUUUCUAACAUCGCACUUCGGGCUGCCAUAAAAUUUGUUGAAGAUUAUAACAUUAGGGACGGGCGCAGUAUAAAGCGUGAAAUUGAAUGUCACUUGUAUAUGUAUCAAAAGCUUUUAUCAGUAUCAAAGGCUAAUAAUAAGCCUUCUUUAAUUUUUAACGAUGAUUGGCCCAGUGUUGAAGUUUUGGGUUACUUUUUGGACAAGAAGGAACCUGGGCAGUCUACCCUUGUGACCCGUAAAUUGACAGGUCCUGAUUUUUUCUAUAUUAUAAGGUCUGAGAAUAUGAAUGGGUUUUCCUCUAGGAUAACACCAAUCUACGAGUUUAAUAAGUUAGAUUGGUGUAUCACCGCAUUGAAUAGAAUUGCACAGUUUGGUGCUAUAGGAAUCCGCCAUAAUGAUAUCAAGCCGGAUAAUAUAGUAUUGGAUGUUUAUUUCGAUACUGGUGUCAAAAAGGUGGAUGUAAAGAUCAUCGAUUUAGGUGCUGCUUCAAUGGAGUUCACUAGAGAAUUUACUGGCGGAACACCAUGGUAUGAAUCACCUGAGCAAAAGCUGCUAGAAUUCUACACGAAAAAGCAUCGUGGUCAUGCUAGGGCACAGACGGUGGCAAUCUCAAAAUCCUCUGAUGCCUGGGGAGCUGGUCUUUCAAUUGUUGAAGUUUUGGUGGGAAAACGUGUUGUCGAUUAUAUCAAGGCGCCAUAUGGCCCGGGAUCGUUGGAAUUUAAGGGUGCACCAGAUGAUGAUAUAUUUGUUUAUUCGACUGAUAUCAAAUACGAUCGCCUUUGGUGGAACAAGGAUGAGUACUGGGCUACUCCGCCACAAGUCUGGAUUCAGCACGCUAAAAGAGUCCUAAACUUGGACAAAACACCCGAUAGGUAUUCUAUAUGUCAUCACGCCGCCAAGUUUGUCUUUGAUAAGCUUGUUGUCGUAGAUCCUAAUAAGCGCAGCCCCGUAAAGGAGGUUGCGUCUAGCUUACGCAGAUUUGUAACUGAAGCCAUAUCACAGCAUCUCUAA